AUGGCGUCUUCUCAGGUCGGGCCGCCUCCGGGGAAAUUAUCGUUCGCAAAGGUCGCAGCAAUGCGUGCACCUGCUCUUCACACACCACACCCUAAUGCUUCUGACGAAAAGAAGUCUCGUCCCGUCGAGAACACUAAUCCAAAGGCUGUCCAAACUAGCAUUCUGAAGACUCCGCCUUCUCCCAGAAAGCCUAGCGUUUCACAGUCGAGAAAUCUGGAAGAGCACAGCCAAACCGACUAUUUAACACCCGCAAUUGAGGGCCUUUCUCUGGUUGAAGAUGCCAGCCUUGGAUCAGGCGGUCCCCAGAGUGCGGAAAGCGGAGAAUCUCUUGAAGACGAUCAAUCUCAUCUCUCCAAUUCGUCUACCAAACAGCAGAGUUUCGAUACCAAAAGCAUGGCGUCCGUCACAACCUUUGCGAUGGAUGAGAAGGAGAGCAUUCGUCCAGACGAUAGUGCCAGCGUCAGGGCCGCAGAGGACGAAGAUGCCUCAAAUGCACCACACAGAGAGGAUCUAUCUGCGUCAAAUGCUCGUGUUACAUCGCGGCCAAACAAUUCUGGAGUGACUAUUGCGGCUCGCCGUUACCACACGUUGACUUUAACGAAUCCUCCGCGAUUUGGAGAUCUUCCCCUUCCCAUCAUCCAGGCAGAGAAUACGGACCGCCAGCCUCGUUCAGAAGGAUCGAUAGAGCAGCCACGCGAGCUGCAUGAGCGAGCUUCAUCACUUCCACUUGCACCCGAUGAGAAGCUACUGGAUGCAUUAGCUACCCCAAAAGAUCGCCUUCCUCUCCUACAACUCGAAGAGAAGUUCCUUGCCUUUAUCGCAAUUCCUGGAAAUGAUUUUCUCGACCUACCCCCGCAAAACUCCUUCACCAGGCUACUUGCACAUAAACUUGCAGACUAUUACUCACUCGCUCAUCACAUCAAUGAAGACGGUACAUCCAUCCGCAUUUUUCGGUCGCCCAAAGUGUCAAUGCCAACACCGCUGCACGUUUUAGCUCAGUCCAUUCCCGCUGGGCCAUCUCAACCUCCUUCCGCUGCGGGUUUUAAGAUCAUGCGCAGGGUCGGUCUGGGUCCACGGCAGGGCUCGGCCGAUGCCAGCACACCUGCGAGCUCUUCAGCCCCAUCUAAAGCCACCUCUGAAGCGGGCUUGGAAACGAACAGCGAAGAAGGCAUCAUAUCUCCAAUGGAGGGGACGCCAAACAAGGACAAGUCAAAACUCACGAGAGAAGAACGAGAGGCUCAGUACAAAGCUGCCAGAGAUCGAAUCUUCGGCGACUUUCAGGAAUCGGUGACCAGUGAGAGUGCUUCGACCGGGGAGAACUCGGCAAGCAUGUCGCGGUCGAGCUCAUCUAGUGGCAAGAGGAAGGCACGCAAGCACAAGACGCCAAAAGACGACAGUUUCGAAGCGCGAUCAGCAUUCAUUCCCAGCUACGCCCCGAUGCACGUGUCACAUAUGCAAGCUCAAUAUCAGCCGCAUUACUCGGAUCAGGCGUAUCAUGGGCCAUACCAAUCCCCGGGUGGCGGAUUUGGCGGAAACAUGAAUUACAGUUCUACGCCCACCCAAACAUACCCCAAUUUUGACUCCUCCAUGUCGUACAACAGCGCCCCAAUAGGCUACGGACCCAAUAGCAGUCAGCCCUUUAGUCCUGCAGAGUCUUGGUCAUCGAUGCAGACAGCCUCUUCGAACGGAUACUUCAACUACUCUGCCUCUCCAACUACCUAUCAGCAGAACAUUUCUCCCAUGAUAGCCCAGAUGAACAAUCAGUUCAUGCCAUCGCCACACCUGGGGAUGCAACAGCCACAGAACUGGAUGAGCAAUCAAUUCCAAGUUACCUAUCCGCAACCUCAGGGUUCGCAGAGUUCCAACAUGAACGGUUGGUCUAGUUAUCAGCCUAGCGCAACCGUCAACAACCCAACAAAUUAUGGCUAUGGACAGCUUCCUAGUCAGAACUUUGGCGGCAACGCGAAUCACCCAUACAAUGCUCAAUACUCCAAUCCAAGCACGUAUCCGAGGUCACUCUUCAACCCACAGACCAGAUCUUUCGUCCCAAGCAAUUCCACAAGCCGCAAUGGUGGUCGCAGUGGCCACAAUAACAAUGGCACCAACGGCGGACGAAAGAAACCCUCUCCAUCAUCGUCGAGCCAGAGUCGAGCGAACAGCAUUCCUCCCAGCAAAUCGUUUAGUUCUGAUGUUUCCGGAACGCCUCCACCUGCGCGGGCGUUCGAAAAGGGACCAGCCAGUAAUGUAUCGUCGCCCAAGCCAACUCCGGUCAAAGAAGACUCACUUCAACAGAAAUACGGCGCCCCUGCACAUUUGCCUAAGAAGCCUCCGCCGUCGCAGGUCCCGUCCCUGUACGAUGUUGAGAGCAUUAACACUUCUAGUACUGGUGGGGUAGGGGUAGGAACGCCUGCAUGUGGAAAUCCGAGUAAUAAUGUGACAGGGACGGGACAAAGCAACGGGUGA